AUGGUUCACAGUAGAAGAACUCAUCCUCCUCAGUUGGCACCACAGAUGGUAGAAGUUCCCCGCAGCACCUUUAACUUUGAUUUUGAGUAUGAAAGAAAGAUUCUUGCGGAGGCAGAGAAGGAAAACCCCAACUGGGGGAAGUUUGUAAUUGAAAGGCAGACGCCACCACCACCACAACAACAACAACAACAACAACCACAGCCGCCAAGAGGGCCAAGACACUCAACAUCCACUACUUCUAUGGCUACCCCAGGAGAUCCACUUGUGGAGAAGUAUAUGUCUAUGGGGCUUGGACGUGAAGCUGUUUCAUUUGCUGUGCUAAAUUAUGGAGAUAACCCAACAAAGGUACAAACAGCUGAUGGCUGUUACAUUUUACAGUUAACUAGACGAUACCCUGCGUGUUGCGGCAGGAAUUUAUGCAAUUAA